GUGAUCACGGAUCUGCUGCAUUUCUCUUGCAUCUCCUCUCCUCCUCUCUCCUCAUCUCCCUGGAAGCAGCAGCCGCCGGUCGUGCUCCCUCUCUGCUCUCCUCUUCAUCUGUCUCCCGAGUGAGGAUGACACCCACAAAUUUGACGAAGAAGCGAAGCUCUCAGUCUCAGUCUGGCCGGUGGCUUCGAGGAGGUGCCGUGUUUAAGGAAAAGGUGUCCGCUGUGGCAGUCUGAAUGCUGCCACAGCUCAAUAAAUCCACCAAACAGGAGACAAACUGCCGUGUUAGCGAUUAGUGACUACACCCAUCAGUUCUCCCAAUCAACACUCCUUUGAGAUUCUCUCCUACCAACGUAGCCGUCAGAAUUUCUGGACACAUGUCACAGGUUGAGCAGGAGAUCUCACUUGUACAAAGGAAGAUGUCUGAUCUUGAGUCAGUACUGCAGCAGAAGGACAUCGAGUUAAAGGCCUCAGAAACUCAAAGAACUAUCUUAGAACAGGACCUGGCUACCUACAUCACAGAAUGCAGUAGUCUGAAGCGUAGUUUGGAGCAAGCUCGUAUGGAAGUGACACAAGAAGAUGACAAAGCAUUGCAGCUCCUCCAUGACAUCCGAGAGCAGAGUAACAAGCUUCAGGAAAUCAAAGAGCAGGAAUACCAUGCCCAACUGGAGGAGAUGCGAGUUUCCAUCCGACAACUGGAGGAGGACCUGUCUGCUGCUCGUCGUCGUAGUGACCUGUAUGAGGCAGAACUGAAGGAGUCUCGGCAGAACAGUGAGGAAUUGAAGAGGAAGGCCGCAGACUGCCAGCACAGACUGCAAAAGGCCAAAGAACAAGGCAAGGCGGAGGCAGAUGAGCUAUUCACCAAGUUAGAAAAGACCAAUGCUGAGCAGCAGACAAAGAUCCAGGAUCUGCAGGAGAAGCUUACUAAGGCAUUAAAAUCCAGUGCUGAAGCUACAGAUCAUCUUCAAAGCAUGAAGUUGGCCAAAGAGCGCAUGGAGCGAGAUCUGGAGAGGCUGCAGAACAAGGAAGACUCCAGUGACAGUCUACGUCGACGCCUCCGUGAGACUGAGGAUGGUAGAAAGACUCUGGAGAACCAGGUGAAAAGGCUGGAGAUCGUUGAGCGCCGUGAAACUAAAAUGAAGGACGAUAUCCAGAGCAAGGGCCAGCAAAUCCAGCAGAUGGCAGAUAAAAUCCUGGAGCUUGAGGAAUGUCUGCGAGAAUCCCAGGCCACAGCACAGCGGCUGGAUGCACAUCUGAAGCAGAAGGAGAAGCUCUAUGAAGAUAAGAUUAAGGUGUUGGAAUCUCAGAUGAAGGCGGACAUGGCUGAUAAAGAAAUGCUGGAGUCCAGUCAGAGUAAAUAUGAGGAGGAGGUGCGGGAGAAGUGCAGCAUCAUCAGUGAACAGAAGGCGACCAUAAAUGCGAUGGAAUCUAAGAUGAACAGUCUGGAGCAGAGAAUUGCUGAGCUGUCUGAGGCCAACAAACUAGCAGCCAACAGCAGCAUCUACACCCAGAAAAAUAUGAAAGCCCAGGAAGAGAUGAUCUCAGAGCUUCGCCAGCAGAAGUUUUACUUGGAGUCUCAGGCUGGGAAGUUGGAGGCACAGAAUGCUAAACUGGAGGAGCAUCUGGAGAAAACAAGUCAGCAAGAGCAGAGCCAUAAGAGCCGACUGCUGGAGCUGGAGACCAGGCUCAGAGAGAUUGGACUCGAGCACGAGGAGCAGAAGUUGGAGAUCAAGCGGCAGGUGACGGAGGUGACCCUGUCACUGCAGGAGCGUGAAGCUCAGAUCAACAGCCUGCAGGCAUCUCGUCGUGCGUUGGAGAACCAACUGCAGCAGGCCAAGACUGAACUGGAGGAGACCACUGCUGAGGCUGAGGAGGAGAUCACUGUGCUCAGGGCACACAGAGACGAGAUCCAAAGAAAAUACGAUGCUUUGAGAGAUGGCUGUGCGGUGAUCACUGACCUGGAGGAGCAGCUGACCGCACUGACCCAGGAGAAUGCCGAGUUGAACCGCCAGAACUUCUACCUGUCCAAGCAGCUGGAUGAAGCCUCCGACGACAGAGAGGACCGUCUGCAGCUCAGCCAGGAUGUGGACCAGCUGCGUCGGGAGGUGGCUGACCGUGAGAUGCACCUGAACAACCAAAAGCAGAACCUUGAGACACUGAAGACCACAUGCACCAUGCUGGAGGAGCAAGUUGUGGAACUCGAGAGCUUAAAUGAUGAGCUGCUGGAGAAAGAGAGGCAGUGGGACGCCUGGAGGGCAACACUUGAAGAUGAGAAGAACCAGGCUGAGAGGAGGGCUAGGGACGUCCAAAGAAUGUUGGAUACUGAGAAACAGAACAGACUCCGUGCAGAGCAGCGCAGCUCUGAGUCCCGCCAGGCUGUGGAUCAGGCAGUGAAGGAGCACAAAGUGGAGAUGCUGGCACUACAGCAGAUCCUUAAAGACCAGAAACUCAAAGCUGAGAGUCUCGCAGACACUUUGAAUGAUUUGGAGAAGAAGCAUGCUAUGUUGGAGAUGAACGCACGUAGUUUGCAGCAAAAGCUGGAGAGUGAGAGAGAUCUGAAACAACGGCUGUUGGAAGAGGUCCGUUCGCAAGAGAAGCUACAACAGCAGAUGGAUGCUCAGAAGGCACACAUAUUUCGACUCACCCAGGGACUGCAGGACGCCCUGGACCAGACGGACUUGCUGAAAACUGAGAGAACUGACCUCGAAUACCAGCUGGAGAACAUCCAGCUCCACCUGCAGGCCGUAUACUCUCAUGAGAAGGUGAAAAUGGAAGGGACCAUCACACAGCAGACCAAACUCAUCGACUUCCUGCAGACGCAGGCCCAUGGCGGUUCGAAGAAAAAAAAGGGUCUUUUUGGACGUCGGCGUGAGGACCUGUUGACUGCCAUGGCUGCUCAGGCCCAGGCGCAAGGACAGAGUCAGGGCCAGGUCUCCCCUGUGCCCGCCAUCCAGCCGGUCCCCCUGCAGUACAGCGACAUGAAGUCAGCACUGGACAAGGAACGAAUGCGCUGCUCCGAGCUUGAAGAUGCUCUUCAGAAAAUGAGAGCAGAACUGCGAUCCUUGAGAGAGGAAGCGCUCCAGUAUAAAGAUCACAGCAGCUCCACAGCCCCAGCGACAGCGCGCCAACAGAUAAUGAUGUCGGCCAUGGUGAAGUCUCCUGAGCACCAGCAGGUUCCAGCCAACCUGGCACCGUCCAACUCGGGGCGCAGGAAGGAGGCUGCAACACCCGAGGAGAGAAGGAGGGUCACUUUUGAAAAGUAUAGCCGGCGUAUGAAAGACAGUCAGAGGGAGAGAGAGCGGGUUCACCACCACACCGCCCACCGCUUCACAGUGGGACUCAACAUGCGAGCGGCCAAGUGUACCGUGUGCUUGGAUACCGUGCACUUUGGCCGCCAAGCCGCCACCUGUCUCGAAUGUCACGCUUUGUGCCAUCCGAAGUGCUCCCCCUGCCUUCCAGCGACGUGCGGAAUGUCGAGUGACUGCUCUCUGCAUCUGUCCGAGGGCUUGUGUCGGGAGAAAGGAAGUUCUUCGGGCCAGCAGCUCAAAGAAGCCAGUGGUCACAUGCACCUGGAGGGCUGGAUGAAGCAGCCCAGGAAUGGAAAGCGUGGCCAAGGCUGGGAACGGAAAUACGUGGUCCUUGAUGGGACUAAAGUGUCCGUCUACGAGAUAGAACCCAGAGAAGAUGCAGCAAAGCCACUAGAGGAGUUCGACCUGUGCCUUUCUGACGGAGAGGUCGAGGUUCAUGGUGCGGUGGGGGCCACUGAGCUACCCAACACGGCCAAGUCAGAUGUUCCAUAUGUCCUGAAGCUAGAGUCUCGUUGUCAUGCCCCUUGCUGGCCUGGACAGUCCAUUUACUUCAUGGCUCCCAGUUUCCCAGACAAGCAGCGCUGGGUGGCUGUCAUGGAAUCUGUCGUGGCCGGGGGGCGAGCCUCUCGAGAGAAAGCUGAGGCUGAUGCGAAACUCCUGGGAAACUCUCUCUUGAAGCUAGAAGGGGACGACCGGCUUGAUAUCAACUGCACCCUCCCACUUACAGAUCAGAUAGUUCUGGUGGGCUCGGAAGAGGGAUUGUACGCCCUAAAUGUGAUCAAGAACUCCCUGACUCAUAUUCCCGGCUUGGGAUCAGUGUUUCAGAUCCACAUCAUCAAGGAACUGGAGAAAUUGCUGAUGAUUGUUGGGGACGAGAGGGCCUUGUGCCUGGUGGAGAUCAAGAGAGUCAAGCAGUCUUUGGCCCAAUGCCACCUGCCCACUCAAUCCGAGCUAGCUCCGUACAUCUUUGAGACAGUGAAAGGAUGCCAUUUGUUUGCUGCCGGGAGAAUAGACAACGGGUCCUGUAUAUGUGCUGCGAUGCCGAACAAGAUCACCAUUUUGCGCUACAACGACAAUCUCAGCAAAUACUGCAUUCGCAAGGAGAUUGAAACUCUGGAGCCAUGCAGCUGCAUCCACCUGACCAGCUACAGCAUCAUCAUCGGCACCAACAAGUUUUACGAGAUCGAGAUGAAGCAGUUUGUACUUGAGGAGUUCCUGGACAAGAACGACAUGUCGCUGGCUUCGGCGGUGUUUGCUGCCUCGUCUCACACCUUCCCCAUCGCCAUCAUGCAGGUGGCCAGCAGCAUGCACAAGGACGAGUAUCUGCUUUGUUUCCACGAGUUUGGAGUAUUUGUGGACACGUAUGGCCGGAGGAGUCGCACCGAGGACAUCAAGUGGAGUCACCUGCCUUUGUCCUUUGCCUACAGAGAGCCCUAUCUGUUUGUCACCUAUUUCAACUCACUGGACGUCAUUGAGGUUCAGGGACACGCUGCUUUGGGGCCUUCAGUGUUGGCCCACCUAGACAUCCCCAGCCCUCGCUACCUGGGCCCAGCCAUCUCCUCUGGGGCCAUUUACCUGGCCUCAUCCUACCAGAACAAACUGCGGGUCAUCUGCUGUAAGGGAAGCCUGAUCAGGGAGUCCGGAGAGCUGCAGAGGACCGGCUCCAACAGAGGGAGUCCCACCAAGCGAGGCCCUCCCACCUACACAGAGCACAUCACAAAGCGCUUGUCCUCAGGGCCCGGCAGCCAUGACGGCCUGCAUCGAGAGCCCAGCACCCCUCACCGCUACCGGGAGGGACGCACCGAGUUCAGGCGGGACAAGUCUCCGGCCCGCCCCUUGGACCGGGAGAAGUCACCAGGCAGAGUGCUGGACAGCCGCAGGGAGAGAUCUCCUGGGAGGUUUGGGGACAGCAAUCGACUCCAUGCUGGUUCUGUGCGGACACAGCUGGCACCCGUAAACAAGGUGUGGGAUCAGUCAUCAGUGUGAGAGGUUGUCCUUGCUCCUCUCUGAAAGGCCAGUAGUGACUUAACGCUUGACUGUCGGCCAUCUUGCCUGAAACAGUCCGUCCUCAUUCGACCACGCAAACCUGACACGUGCUUUUGGGGGGAAAUGAGAACCUUGUAAUAGAGCAGAGUAAAUGUAUAUAAUGCUGUCAAGAGUUUUUAUAAAGGGAAUAGUCGGCCAGUAAAGCCAUGUCUAUUUUUUUUUAGGGUUUCUAAAGCGGUUGCAGGGAGACGACAGAUUUGAAUAUGAUGUAUUUGCAUUUAUGACGAAGGAGGCGACACUUUGCACAUGAAACUGGAUUUGAACAGGCUGUACAAACUUGUUCUUGUCACAUGACCAGUCUUUCUUUCCUCCGCUAGAUCUCCUUUCUAUAGUCAUUUUCCAGAUGCUUUGAUUGACAGCUGUCAUCUUUGUAGAAGACUUCUAACAACGUUGCCUUGUGUUGUUUCUAGAGUGAGUGCAGCCUCAGCUUGCUCUUAUUAGUCCACUGCUGCUGCCGCUUCUUCUGGUACACAACGUCUCGUGUCUGUGCCGUGAGAUCAAGUCUAGUAGAUGUCAAAGGUCAAUUUCUAGUGUUGUUUCUUUCGAGCCGGUAAGACCGCCUCCAUUGGUCACAUCAGCGAGCAUGACCUAUUUACAGCAGCGCUUUUGGAUCUUGAUUCUUUCUCUUGGUUGUUAUUUUCUGUCAUUGAAGUUUGCAUUCAAUAAAAGGUAAUGUUAACCAUCAAACAAUGUUCUUCCUUUUUAGAUAUCUACUGAAGACAACGCCCCAGUUUUCCUAUGGUUUGGGUGUUGACGAAAAUCUUAUUAUGCCUAACGAACUAGCCUGUUUGCCCCCAAGGGUUGGGAAUCUCUUCAUCCUAGACUGACAAACUAGGGCCCCCCCAGCAUCUUGCCUAAGGCCCCCACAAAGCUAGAAACGACCAUGCUUUGUUUUAUGAAAAGACUACACAGCUGCUUCCUCUACUUUAUUUCUCCUUUUUAAACUCUACAAUAAAGUAAAUCCUUAAAAGAAAAUAUUCCGAAUGAACAAGGAGCACUUUUGUCGGAACAGGAAAUGGCUAUGUACAGCUAAACACAUUCCUCUGAAAAGACAGGAGAGGGUUCAAAAGUGCUUAUCAGACAGGAGGAAAAAGCACACGUGAGAGACCUGAAAUAAAACAGCUUGGCACUCGUCUCUACUGGAACACGACCACGAACACGCACACACAGUUGUGAUGCUUGAUUGACAUUCUUAUGUAUACACACACUCACUCACACCAAGCGCAUGACAAAUGGAAAAUGCUGAGAAAUGAACAACUUCAGCUUUGGUCUAGUGUGCGGUCAUGUAUCAUUUCAUGUGAUUUAAGUGGACUUAAGAGAUAUUCCACUUGUGUUGCCAGAAGGGAAAUGACAAAUUUAUCAUGCCAGAAUCUAUACAGUUAUGAGUUAGCAAUUAAUGUGUUACUUUUUUGAAAAACCUUCGAAUAUGUAAAAUAAUUCAAAUUUAAUGCGAGAGCCGGGGUACACCCUGUGCUGGUUGCCAGCCAAUUGCAGCUCCUUAAGAUCCAACAGUGCAAAAUGUAAAUUCUUGCAAUUUUUCAACUGGUCUUAGUGCAUAAUAACCGUGCCGCAUUUCACUGUCGGUAAUGGUAACCAUUUUUUAACAGACUUACUCCCACCACAGAGGCGGUGCAUUAUCUGACAGAGAAGCACAGGGCUUCCAAUGUUUUUUUUUACCUUGACUGUAUGCACACAGGGUGAAAAUAUCGUACAAAUAUGAUCAUUGUCAUGCGUCUGGCAACGCUGUGUUCCACUGUCUCAGUUCAUGGUGUCUAAGUGUCAACCUUCAUGACUGUCCGAUGUACUUUUGACACAACGGUCAUUUUAGUGUCUCAGCUGAGAAGUUGCAGUGUCACAGCACACUCGAGCAUCUGCUUAUUUUUUACAAAACAGGAGUCUCAAAAAGAAGGAAAACAAAGACGAGUAAUGACAGCAUCGACUAGUUUUUUGUUUUUUUUUGUGUGUGGAACAAACAGCAACUUGGCUCACUGCUGCUGACACAUACAGGAAGUCAAGAUGAAUGAGGAGAAAGGCGCCGUCUUCCUGAACGUGAGAAUCUCUAAGCAACUAUACAUGUGUUUGUGUGUGUGUGUGCGUGUGUAUGUAGUGCGUCUCUAGUGAGUAGAGGUAGUGUUUAUAGGUGAAUGGGAUAAUGUGUGUAUGGUUGAGAGGGA